AUUCCUUUAUUUAUGUAGCCAAUCAAAGUAGUGAUCGGUUGCCGUGACGCUGACUGAAGCGGGAAGUAUGGCGGCGACGGAGGAAGCUAGUGUUAAUCAUCCUGUCACUCAAAUGGCAAAAUCCGAAGAUCCUGGUUUAGUUGACCUUUCAAGUCAAAGCCUCCACAAGCUGGAUCCCAACUUCUGUUCACCAGACACCCACACACUCAUCUUAGACCAGAACCAUAUCAUCAAACUGGAACAUCUGGAGAAGAAUGCAGCUGUGCAGCAGCUGUCUGUUGCCUGUAAUCGGCUAGUUCGCAUGAUGGGCGUGUCGAAACUUACACAACUGAGGGUCUUGAACCUCCCGAACAAUAGCAUUGGCUACAUCGAGGGACUGAAAGACCUGGUGCAUCUCGAGUGGCUAAACUUAGCAGGAAACAACAUCAAGGUCAUAGAGCAGUUGAACAGCUGUGUAGCGCUGCAACAUCUGGAUCUGUCUGACAACAACAUUUCUCACACCGGUGACCUUUCAAAGCUCUCUGCCUUAAAGACACUUCUUCUCCAUGGCAACAUUAUCACAAGUCUGCGUACUUCCCCCGCCCAUUUUCCUCCGAACCUCACUGUUCUCUCAUUGGCUGAAAAUGAAAUCCGGGACCUCAGUGAGGUGUCCUACUUAGCAUCUCUCCACAACCUUGAGCAGCUGUCGAUCAUGAACAACCCGUGUGUGAUGGCUACGCCCUCACUGCCUGGAUGUGAUUAUCGUCCGUAUGUUGUGAGCUGGUGCCUCAAUUUGAAGGUGCUUGACGGAUAUGUGGUGUCACAAAAAGAAGGGCUUAAAGCAGAAUGGUUGUACAGCCAGGGCAAAGGCCGUAUGUUUCGCCCUGGACAACACAUACAGCUAGUCCAGUACCUGGCUUCCACGUGCCCCUUGACCUCCACAUCCUCACUGCAGUCGGCUGAGGAUGCCAAGCUGGAGAGGAUCCUCAGCAAACAGAGGCAGCACCAGAAACAGCUGCUCCAGGAAGGUCAGUACGAUUCCCCAAGUCCUCUUCACCCGACUCAGCUGGAUGUGGAUCAGCACUGGACUGAUCCAGCUCAAAAAGGAGCAGCCACAGCCACAACCCAGGUUCUUAAUGUCAUCAGUCAGUCAGAAACUUCUGAACCAGCUGUCCGGGUGAAUACUUGGAUGGCCAAUACAUCAUCAGCAUACAUCCUAAGUGCCGUUCACACCCCUUCACGUGGCAAAGACAGUCUGGUACUGGAAGACAUGCAGACGGAUGAGGAGAAGCUGCACGGCAGCCUGCUCUCCUCAGAGUCCGCCUUCCUACCUGUGAGCUCUGUCGUGCACUCACCGUCGCCCCCUGACAGUGAGGAGGAAGAGCUUGACGAGCCUGAUUCACUGGCUCCUCCAAAUCCAACCCGAGCUCAUCCUCAAAAGGUGGAGACGGCAACAAGCUUUCAUCUUCCUCUCAGUCAAAAUCACUUGCAGACAAACAUUACAGACCACACAACAGAGGAAGGAGAGCACUUGCUAUCUGAUAGAAUGGUUCAUUUGCAAGUCAACAAGGUCACAAAUGCCACAGAGGCAGGUGCUGAGCUGAGAAGAGCAAGUGCUAAGGUGGCAGAGUGCCAUUCAGGUGAAGCAGCUGUGAAGAUUCAGGCCUGGUGGAGGGGAUACUGGACUCGACAGAAGCACCCACAGGCCAAAGAGGUGCGCUGUGAGAUUCGCCUACGCCGACUACAGGAUCACAUCGUCUACCUUACAGCGGAGCUGGAGAGGGUGCAAAAGCAGCAACAGGAAGAGAAGUUGCAGAGGAUGAUCCAGGAAGAAGCUGUGAAGUUCCUCUGGAAGCAGCUUCAGGCCAUGAUGGAGUGGCAGUGUUCAGUGCAGGAGCAGCUCAGCUGUUUAUCCCCGUCGCAGAGCAUCGCUGCUGGUCCCAUUCCUGCCAGCCCUAAAAUCACAGCUCUCCCUAUGCGGAGUGAGGUCUCAAUCCCUGAAUCAGGCUUUCAUUCUCCUGGUGAACAGCAGGGGGCGCUGGAAGACAGUAUGAGCAGCGCAGCUACAGCAGACUCCCCUGAAACAGUCCGGACUUUGCAACCUACAAGUUCACCUGGAGCAGGGGCAGAUGGGGACAGUCAGGAUGGCAGCUUGCUGGAGCAGUACCUCUCUUCCGUGCAGCGCCAGGAAGAAGAAGAGGAAGAUGGAGAAAGGUGCACUUCACUGCUCUCUCCAGUUCACGGGUCAGAGGCAUCUUCCUAUCCUGAUGGAGUGGAUGAAAGACAAGAGAACACUCUGUUGAAGGCAGAGUUGUGAAAAAUACUGUUAGAACAGUUAUUUUUGUCUUUUUAUUCAUUAUUAGCAUUUAUGGGGAGGUGCUGAGUAUUGUGUUCUGGCACUACAUCAGAAUCUGUGUUCACGAAGGAUUUCAGGAUAUGAGCAGUUACACACUUUUCUAAAGUAUUCUGGAUAUCAUCAGUACUUGUACACUGACCAACACCAGUGUUACUAAUAACACAUAAGAUUUUGAAUCGGAUAUUAAAAUGUAUUUUUGUACAGAAUAUUUAAUUUUCCCAACCUUAUUUUUGUAGACAUGAAAUAAAAAUAUAAGUGAAAGAAUAGGUUUUCGUAGGUUUUUAUUUAAAUGGAUCAUGACUGUUUGCCUGACACUUGGCAAACCUACACUGCCUGGCCAAAAGAAAAGUCGUACAAUCUAAUAUUUUGUUGCACUGCAUUUAGCUUUGAUUACGGCACACAUUCGUCGUGGCAUUGUUUCAACAACCUUAUGAAACUUCACAACAUUUAUUUCCAUCCAAAGUUGCAUUAAUUUUUGGCUGAGAUCUUGCAUUGAGGACAGGAGAGUCUAACCACUCCGUAAAGAUUUCUCUAGCACAUCCCAAAGACUUUCAAUUGGGUUAAGGUCAGGACUCUCUGGUGGCCAAUUCAUGUGUGAAAAUGAUUCCUCACGCUCCCUGAACGACUCUUUAACAAGUUAAGCCUGAUGAAUCUUAGCAUUUUCAUCCUGGAAUAUGCCUGUGCCGUCAGGGAAGAAAAAGUCUAUUGACGGGAUAACCUGGUCAUUCAGUACAUUCAGUACUCAGCUGACUUCAUUUUAUUGCCACACAAUGAGGCUGCGCCUAGACCUGACCAGCUGAUGCAACCCCAGAUCAUAACACUGUCUCCAGAGUUUUGUACAGUAGGCACUAUGAAUGACGGGUGAAUCACUUCAUGUGCUUCCCUUCUUACCCUGACACACCCAUCGCUUUGGAAUAGGGUAAAUCUGAUUUUAUCAGACCACAUGACCUUUUUCCAUUGCUCCACAGUCCAAUCUUUAUGCUCCCUAGCAAAUUGAAGUCAUUUUUUCCGAUUAUCCUCACUAACAAGUGGCUUUCUUGUGGCCACAGAGCUGUUUAGUCCAAAUCCCAUACGUUCUCAUCAUAUUGUGCGUGUAGAAAUGCUCUCACUUUCACUAUUAAACAUAGCCGUGAGCUCUCCUGUGGAUUUUUUUACAAUGUGACAUCACCAAGCGUUUUAAAGAUCUCCGAUCACGAUCAUUCAAGAUUUUUUUCCGACUACAUUUCUGCUGUAAAGUUGAUGGUUCACCACUAUCCUUCCAGGCUUUAAUAAUGCACUGGACAUUUCAUAACCCAGUUCCAGUGAUUUCAGUGAUCUCCUUAGUUGUUUUCUUUGCUUGAUGCAGGCCAACAAUUUUCCCCUUUAGUAACAUCUUUUCCACGACCAUGGGAUACGUAAUCUGCCAUGGUUGUUUAAGAAAUGAGAAGCUGCACACUGCAUCAGUUAAGGUUAAAAGAAUUGUUGCCAGCUGAAACAUAUUAAUCACUGCAGUAAUGAUCCAAUCAUAGGCUCUUAAGUAUUUGCUUAUUUAAACCCAAACAGCGACCUUUUUUUUGGCCAGGCAGUGUAUAUACUGUGUUACAUACUGUGUGUCAUGAAAAUGUCUUUGCAGUAUUUUAUAAUGAUACCUUCGCCAUAUUUCCCAUGCCAAACAAAAAUAUAGGAUCUGAUUUACUCACUUGUGUCAUGGGUUGACUAAAAACAGGUCCUAGCUAAUUUCCCCUAAUUUGUGACCUUUAAACAGUUGUUUUCAAGUCCAGCCCUGAGGACAGCCUCCUCUAACACAGCUAAAUCAGCUGAUCAUGACAAACGUGUUCAGACCUGAGAAAUCACCUACACGUGCUCUAUAUGAUACCCAGCUCUGGUUUUGAAAACCACCACCACAUUUAAAUAUUUUCAGCUGUCUGAACUUAUGAAAGUCUUUCUCUAGUUGAAACCUAGAAAUUAAAUCUGUUUGAGGCAAGUAAUGUUUGUACGGUAUGUUUAGAAAUGCCACAUAGUGCAUACAUUAUUACUCUCUUUUCUCUAAUAAACAAGUGUACAUAUACAUGCAAAUAGCAUAACAGCUUCAAAACAAUCAUUCAGAAAGUUUCAGGCUUCUGUGGUUUAUUUAUGGAAAUGACCGAUUCUGUACUUACCUGUGCUCUACAGAACUGCUACUUCUUAUUUUUUACAUGUUACAAGCCUAAGAUUAUUCAGCAUGUUUGCAGACUGAACACACUGGCAGUUGAAAUGCCUUUGCUGUAAAUACUUGUUUGUGUAAAUUAGGUUUACUACAGUAUAUCAUCUAUCAGAUUUUUGUGUGCCAUUUGAAAUCAGUUUCUCUUGAUUUUACACUAUUUAUUUUUCUAACUGUGUUUUAGGAAUGCACUUUUGAGAAUAAAAUAUGUUGAAAAGUCUUAC